AUGAUCUGUUUGAUCAUUCAAGAUUGCCACGCGAGGCUACACAAAUACCGUCAGAAAACUGACCAAGAGAAGACCAUAUGCUGUGAAUUUAAGGGCGAAAACAGCAAAAAAUUGCUUCAGCAGAGAGUGCUUGAAAGAGAUUGUCACAAGCCAGCGAGUCACGAAGCGGCACGAGAGAACAAAUUCCACAAGCUGUACAAUCCAACGUCAUCCAGAAACGAAAUACUGGUACACAACCUCUCGUCGAAAGAACUGACGAAGGAGCGACUACAGGUUCUAAAGCACGAAGUCUCAUUCCACACGGCCGAUGCAAAACUUGCUAACAUGAUUGCAACUGUGGCAUUGGUCAUCAAUCAGACGGAAGCAACGGAGGAGACAAAGAACCGUAUCCGACAUCAGGCAUCGCCCCUCCUGAUGGCUCAUCAACCGCAGGAAGUGCUCCCCAAGGUCGAACGCGUUGCACUAAGAGCACCCAAGGCCGACUGGGACAUCUUCAUUGUGCCAGCCAAAAAGGGACGUUCUACUGUCCUACUGGCCAGAAGGUAA